ACAAACCUGAAAGGUAUAAAUUGCAGCUUGAACAACAAACCAUUGUUCUUGAAGGCCAAAUUGCAGAAGAAAAACGAAGCCAGUUCUCGCAAAGGUAUAAAUGGAUUGUAACGUAAUCGCUUUCCUCUGUGCUCUGUUCUAUCUUCUAUCUGUGUGGGGGCUGUCCCUUGCUUGACAUCUCUGGCCUGGUAUGGUCAAAAUAGUUGAAAUCAACGUUCAAACAUAAUAAAUUUCUUCCCCAAUUUCCCUCCCUUUUCAAUCUUUGAUUGGUUCAACCAUCAUUUGCUUCCAUUUUGUGAUUGUAUUGUAUACUAUUAUUGAUUGUAUUGUAUACUUUGAUCUCCCCUCCCUAUUUCCCUCUUUUUUUCUUUGCGAGGUUGGGAUUAUGAUCGUCAUGAACAACUCGAUUACGGAACCAUUCCUCCGUGAUGCCAAAUGUCAAGCUUCAGAAGAAACUGAUCUUGAGAAUGGAACGCAAGUUGUGGAAAGCAAUUCUGACUUUGAAAUGGAGGCAUUCAAUAAGCAGAUUCAAGAGAUUGAGAUACAAGUAGAUAAGCUUUCUGGACGUCUUGUUAACUUAAAGAAUUUGCUAAGGGAUGCUAAUAAGGAAUCAAAAUCUGUUACAAAAGCGUCGGAGAUGAUAGUUAUAAAGAAACGGAUGGAGAAGUAUAUUAAUGAUGUGGGAAAUAUUGCACGCAAUGUCAACGGGAAGCUACAAGUUAUAACUGUAGAUAUCUUACUCCUUAGGCAGAUGCCUGGACGUCAGAUGGGAACUGCCUCAGACAGAGCAAGAAUGAACAUGACAAAUGUCUUGACAAAAAAGCUCAAGGAACUGAUGAUUGAAUUCGAGGCCCUUCGUGAAAUAGUUCAGGACGAGUAUCGUGAAGUCGUAGAAAGACGAGUGAUUACAGCAGUCACGGGUAGCAGUCCAGAUGAGUUGGUGAUUGAUCACCUUAUAGAAACUGGAAUCAGUGAGCAAACGUUCCCAAAUGCAUUUGAACAAACGAGACAAGGGAAGGUCGUAAGUACCAUGGACGAAAUUCAAGAGCGACUCGAUGCAGUGAAGGAGCUUGAGAAAAGGCUCUCGGAAUUGCAUCAGAUUUACCUGAAAACAGCAGCUUUAGUGGAGGGUCAAGCUAAACCUUUGGAUAACAUAGAAAAUCAGGGGAGGAACGCACAAGACCGCUCUCAGUCGAGGAUCAAAGCAAUCCAGGCGGUAAAGAACUUAGAGAAGGAAUCAAGAAAAGGCGUGAUGUACAUAAUCAUCACAGUGCUGGUAGUAAUAAUCUUAAACCUCCUCCCAGCUGAUCAGCCAUGAAAAGAGUAACCGAUGAAGAUAACACCAGAAAGUGAACUCAGUUUCAUUGCUAGAAGAAUGUGGAAAACAAAACCUUCUUAUAUUAUAAGAGUGUGAAAAUCUCUUCCUAGCA